AGCUCUUCUCAACCACUCAACCUCAUUUCUCACUACCAAAAUAACAAAAAACUAAACCCUUUCUUUGAUUUCUUUCAGCUUUUGAGCCAUGGCCGGUGUUAAGAUUGUUAGCCUUUUUGUGGUUUGCAUGGUGAUCGCCCCAAUGGUUACGGAAGCCAUAACUUGCGGUCAGAUUAGCAGCUCGUUGGCUCCAUGUGUGAACUACCUUAGGUCAGGGGGACCUGUCCCACCAGCAUGCUGCAAUGGGGUUAGAUCCAUCAACAGCGCUGCUAAAACCACACCUGACCGUCAAGCUGCAUGCAACUGCUUGAAAAAAGCCGCCGGUGGCAUUCCCGGGAUCAACCAGAAUUUGGCCGGCGGUCUCCCUGGAAAAUGCGGUGUUAACAUUCCCUACAAGAUCAGCAUGUCCACCAACUGCGCUAGUGUUAAGUGAAGGGGAAAUAUAUAUCAGCAGCAGCAGCGGCGUAAGAAAAAGACGGAGUGGUUACUUAAUUAGCGUUAUGAGAAGAAUAAAAAGGGACUACUUCAUAUUUUCAUGUUGAAGAAGUCUCCACUGUAGCGAGUCUAUUAGUGUCGUUUCUACUGUUUUUUUUCUUGUUUUGGUUAUUGUCGUUUUUAACUUUGAUGUCGUUGCAUCCCCUUUGUACCUCAGAUGUUAUGGAUCUAUCUUUAUUAUGAUUAUUACUAGUAGUUUAUUGCUA